AUGACAACUUUAACAACAUUACCAACUGAACUUUUACAACAAAUUUUAUUACAACUUGAUAAAAACGAUUUACUUUCAUGUUUUUAUCAAAAUUCUAAAUUAUUUUGUGUUGUCGCUUCAUUAAUUUGGAAAAAUUUAGGUGACACAUAUUGGUGUACUUGUCUUGAAAAAAUUCCUCUUCGAUGGAAACAAAUUAAACGGACUUUAUUUUCAUCAUUGAUUUAUCAGAAAAAAAAAUUGGAAUUAAAUACAAUUCAAGGUAAAAGAAUUUUGGAAGGUAAAAUUUUGAAAGAAUUUAAGAACGGUGGGGAAUUACCUGAAGCUGAAUAUUGGUGGAUUCCUGAUUUAAUUUGA